GCGGGCCUCAGAGCUGCGGGCAGGCGCGGAACGGAAACUGGCUCAGCGCUCUGAAGGCGGAGGCUGGAAGGAGGAAGGGGGCCUUGGACUGCGGGCCGGGGCCAGGGCGGAGGCGGCGGCUGCGAGUUCUCUGGCUGGGCUGGUGGGAGAAUGGCCCGGCUCCUGGCGGAGGAGUUGGCGUCGGGAAGAUUUGGCAGUUAUACAACCUCUUCCAGGGAGAAGUGCCAGUGCAGCUGCUGUCACAACCCAGGCUCUUAACCCAGAUCCAUAGAUUGGAAUAUUGGAGGGCCGAAAAUCCCCAAGUACCUCACAUAGGACAGAUGAGGAAACUGAGACUUGGUGAAGUUACGAAACUUGUCCAAAGUCACACAGCUUAUAAAGAUACAACCAAGACUCAGAGCCAGAUUGUAGAAAAUUAAAAUGAAUAAACUACGACAAAGCUUCAGAAGAAAGAAAGAUGUUUAUGUGCCAGAGGCCAGUCGUCCACAUCAGUGGCAGACGGAUGAAGAAGGUGUCCGCACUGGAAAAUGUAGCUUUCCAGUUAAGUACCUUGGGCAUGUAGAAGUUGAUGAGUCAAGAGGAAUGCACAUCUGUGAAGAUGCUGUAAAGAGAUUGAAAGCUGAAAGGAAGUUCUUCAAAGGCUUCUUUGGAAAAACUGGAAAGAAAGCAGUUAAGGCAGUCCUGUGGGUAUCAGCAGAUGGGCUUAGAGUUGUGGAUGAAAAAACAAAGGACCUCAUAGUGGACCAGACAAUAGAGAAAGUUUCUUUCUGUGCCCCAGAUAGGAACUUUGAUAGAGCCUUCUCUUACAUAUGUCGCGACGGCACCACACGGCGCUGGAUCUGUCACUGCUUCAUGGCCGUCAAGGACACGGGUGAGAGACUGAGCCACGCAGUAGGCUGUGCUUUCGCAGCCUGUCUAGAGCGCAAGCAGAAGCGGGAGAAGGAAUGUGGGGUGACGGCUACUUUUGAUGCCAGUCGGACCACUUUUACAAGAGAAGGAUCGUUCCGUGUCACAACAGCCACUGAACAAGCAGAAAGAGAGGAGAUCAUGAAACAAAUGCAGGACGCCAAGAAAGCUGAAACAGAUAAGACAGCUGUUGGCUCAUCAGCAGCCCCUGGCAACGUUGCCCCAUCUCCAUCCUCUCCCACCUCGCCCACCUCAGAUGCCACUUCCUGUCUGGAGAUGAACAACCCUCAUGCCAUCCCACGCCGGCAUGCCCCGAUUGAACAGCUUGCUCGCCAAGGCUCUUUCCGAGGAUUUCCUGCUCUUAGCCAGAAGAUGUCGCCCUUUAAACGCCAACUGUCCCUCCGCAUCAACGAGCUGCCUUCCACUAUGCAGAGGAAGACUGAUUUCCCCAUUAAAAACGCAGUACCCGAGGUGGAAGGGGAGGCAGAGAGCAUCAGCUCUCUGUGCUCGCAGAUCACCAGCGCCUUCAGCACGCCCUCCGAGGACCCCUUCUCAUCUGCCCCGAUGACCAAGCCAGUGUCCUCAGUGGCACCCCAAUCUCCUGUCUUCCAAGCUAAUGGCACUGACUCAGCCUUCCAUGUGCUUGCUGCUAAGCCAACCCCUACUGCUCUAGCACCCGUAGCAUUGCCUGUGCGUGAAACCAACCCUUGGGCUCAUGCCCCUGACACUGCUAACAAGGAAGUUACAGCUGCACAUUCGGGAACCGAGUGGGGUCAGUCUUCUGGUGCUGCUUCUCCAGGUCUUUUGCAGGCUGGUCACAGACGCACACCCUCGGAAGCUGAUCGCUGGUUGGAAGAGGUGUCUAAGAGUGUCCGGGCCCAGCAGCCCCAGGCCCCAGCUGCCCCUCUGCAGCCAGUUCUCCAGCAUCCUCCACCCGCUGCCAUGUCCCAACCAGCACCACCUUUCCAAGGGAAUGCAUUCCUUACCUCUCAGCCCGUGCCAAUGGGUGUGGUCCCACCCCUGCAGCCAGCCUUUGUCCCUGCCCAGUCCUAUCCUGUGGCCAACGGGAUGUCCUAUCCAGCCCCCAAUGUGCCUGUCGUGGGCAUGACUCCCUCUCAGAUGGUAGCCAACAUGUUCGGCACUGCGGGCCAUCCUCUGGCGGUGCACCCCCAUCAGUCGCCCAGCCUGGUCAAGCAGCACACAUUCCCCCAGUAUGAGACAGGCAGUGCCACUGCCAGUCCCUUCCUUAAGCCCCCUGCUCAGCACCUCAACGGCUCUGCAGCGUUCAACGGCAUGGAUGAUGGCAGGCUGGCUUCAGGAGACAAGCACACCGAGGGUCCUGCAGGCACCUGCCCCGUGGAUCCUUUCGAAGCCCAGUGGGCUGCGUUAGAGAGCAAGUCCAAGCAGCGUACUAACCCUUCCCCUACCAACCCUUUCUCCAGUGACUUACAGAAGACAUUUGAAAUUGAACUAUAAGCAACCUGUGGUUUAUGGAUCUUGUUCGUACUUAGGCAAGGGCAGGUGAUAGAAGAUCAUUGAGCAACGGGGACUUAGUCUUCCUGAUCAGGACACUUUUCACUCAUCCCAGAGGUCCCCAGGAACAAGUCUAGGCACAGUAGGACUUGAGGGGCGGUUUGGGGAGAAGCAGGGAAACCAUUCCUAGAUGAAGCCUGUCAUGGAAGUGGGCUGAAGAAACCAAGGAAGUGUCUGCUGGUCCCUCCUCUCCCUCGGGUCCUUGCAGACGCCUGGUGGCAGGGAGACAGAAGUACCAGAGUAGACUCGUCUUCAAAGCACAUUUUCUGGACUCUGAAACACCCUGGGAAGAAAAAGUCUCCCCUUGUUUUUCAGGCCAUCACCUGCCUCCUCUCAGUACUGACCUGUCCUAGAUACGGGAACAGAGCAGUCUGUGCUGCAGCUGGGGAGAGGCCAGCCCCAGGCUGUGCUGCCGCUCCUGGAAGGCCACAUCAGCCACUGCCCCACAGAGCCAGAGGGUGAGGAAAAGUCACACUUCCAUUUUGAGUAACAAAUAUUAUAAAUAUAUAUAUAUCAAAAAGCCAAAAUCUUUAUUUUUAUGCAUUUAGAAUAUUUUAAAUAGUUCUCAAUAUUAAAACUUGUAUGAGUUGUAAGUAAUCUUGCCAAAAGUAAAAGGGUUAGUUGUAAGAAAUUGUAUAUAAGAUUGAUUUAUCAUUGAUGCCUAUUGAAGAGUAAAAAAAAAAAGAGGCAGACUGGAGUUAGAUGGCUCCCUAGCUUGCUUGAGAUCUCACUGUAACUAGCACAUUGCAACAACAAUCAUGCUUAUGACCAAUACCGUCACUAGGUUGUAGUUUUAAAGACAAUGAAACAGCAGUAUUGUCCUGGUUUUAAACCUAUGA